AUGCCAGGUGCACUCGCCUCACACAUGGUGGUGAGGUACCAGCACACAUCAGGAUGUUGGUGGAAGCGGGCUCGCAUGCCGGAUGCUGCUGCUGCAGCUGCAACUCCCCCGAUUCGGCUGCCACUGCUGUGCUCAUGCAGUAUUCCCAUAUGCGUGAGCAAGCGGCGACUGCGUGAGGAUCGUUUGAGGAUGAUGGGCGAUGCACACAUGAUGGAUUGGGAGGAGCAGCUGUGGACACACACGUCCAUGGUCAUGGCGGGCACAUCCUACCACAGCGACGCAGCGAUGCGCAGCUCCGCUGUCAUCAUCACCAUCAUCAUCAUCGCCCGCACAGCUGCCAUCUGGCGUGAGGCAGACAUUGCACAUGUCAGUCGUUCUCACGAAGAGGUGAGCAUAUGUGUCGUUGGCGAGGCACAUGAAGCGCUGGAACCAACGACGAUGACGAUGACGAGUGAUGCAGGGCCAUGCAUCCCGUCUCCGUCCAACCGACCAACCAAACAGCCGAGCGAGCGAGCAAAGGACACGGCGUGGCAAGGGGCCCAGCAACAGCAGCAACAGCUAAUGUGUGGCUGCAUUGUGGAUGAACUGGCCCUCUGUAUCUCGCCCAUCUCCUCCUCCCUCGUCGUCGUCACUGGUCACCAACAGCAGCGGCUGCGACCAUGGGAGGUGAUGUGCGUCGAUGUGCCGUUGCCUCGCAUGACGACGAUGAUUGUGGUGGGCGGUGGCAGAUCUCUUCCCAAGCCCUCAUGA